UUGUUUGUCUGGGCGCAAGGAGGAGUGCCACCUUCCCCCCGCUCCCAUGCCGACUCAGCGGCCGGAAAAUCCCGCGGCCUGCCAGGCGCCGCCGCGUGCGCAACCACGCGUCCCUCCACCUGUCGACAUCCCCUGCGGCCUGCGUAUAUACACCUCGGCAGCUCGGCUCGACACGACACAGCUCCUCCCAGUCCGUCCCAAUCCACUCACCGCACGACACCCCGCUCGUUCCCCAAGUAGCUAGCAGCAAGCAAAGAUCCAUCUUCUGGCCGUCUCGUGAUGAUGAGAGGCGCCGUCAGCGGCAUGGAGUCGUCGUCCUCAUCCGGGAGCUCCUCUGGUUCGGCUGCCGGGGCGGGGGUGGCGCCGUUCGUGGCCAAGACUUACGGGAUGGUGGACGACCGGCCCACCGACGCCGUCGUCGCGUGGGGGCCCGCCGGCAACAGCUUCGUCGUCGCCGACCCCUUCGCCUUCUCGGAGAUGCUGCUGCCCGCGCACUUCAAGCAUUCCAACUUCUCCAGCUUCGUCCGGCAGCUCAACACCUACGGCUUCCGCAAGGUGGACCCGGACCGGUGGGAGUUCGCGCAUGCCUCCUUCCUCCGCGGCCAGACGCACCUCCUGCGCCACAUCGUCCGGCGCCAGAGCAGCGGUACCGGAGGCAGGCGCGGCAAGGACGACCGCGAAGAUGAAAACGGCAGCAGCACGAUGUUAGCCAUGGAGGUGGUCCAGCUGAGGCGGGAGCAGAGGGCCACCGAGGAGCGCGUGGCGGCGAUGUGGCGCCGGGUGCAGGAGACGGAGCGCCGGCCCAAGCAGAUGCUCGCCUUCCUGCUCAAGGUGGUCGGCGACCCCGACAUGGUGCGCCGCCUCGCAGGCAGCGGCCAGGACGAGGACGCGCGGGUCAACAGGCCGCGGCUGCUUCUCGACAGCAGGGAAGAACAGAGGAUGCCCGUCGACGGGCAGUCGUACCACAAUCACAGCAACCUGAACAUGGAGGAGGCCUGUGUGCUGGAGCCCAGCGUGGAAUUGUACUACGCCGGAGGCGACGUGCAGGCGGACGGCGGCGGCGGCGGCGGCGGCGGACGACACCCGCCAUACGCGUUCCACGUCAACAGCGGCUACUGACUGCGUGCGUGAACGCUGUCCGGCAUCUGUAUUUUGUGGCUUUGUCGAGAGAGAAACAGGCACGUGCAGGAAGCUAGCCAGAUACUAAAUACUCCGGCAUAGCUCGGGAACGGAAACGCCGCACUUGUAUAAGAGACGCUUAGAUCACAAUGUCUCUGGAAUUUAGUCAGUGUAAGUUUAUAUUUCUUUGUACUCUCUUCGUUCUUAAGUAUAUCUCAUUUUAGAGAUUUUAGUAUAGACUAUAUAUGAAUGUAUAUAGACAUAUUUUAAAGUAUAAAUUCGCUUAUUUUAA